UUCCACCACUUCCAUUUGCAUUUUCUCCUACGCUAGCAGAGUCCACUCGCAGUGAUAAUGUAGCUAAGCCAAACUGAAAUGGCUAAUGAAGUGAUCCUCUUGGACUUCUGGCCGAGCCCUUUUGGGAUGAGGGUCAGAAUAGCAUUGGCUGAGAAGGGUGUCAAGUAUGAGUACAGAGAUGAGGACUUGAGGAACAAGAGCCCUCUUCUCUUGCAGAUGAACCCAAUUCACAAGAAGAUUCCUGUUCUCAUUCACAACGGAAGACCCGUUUGCGAGUCCCUUGUUGCUGUCCAGUAUGUUGAUGAAGCGUGGAACGAUAAGUCUCCUCUCCUGCCCUCCGAUCCUUACCAGAGAGCCCAGGCUAGAUUCUGGGCUGAUUUUGUCGACAAGAAGAUAUAUGAUAUUGGGAAGAAGACAUGGGCUACAAAAGGAGAAGAGCUGGAGGCAGCCAAGAAGGAAUUCAUUGACGCCCUUAAGUUGUUGGAAGUUGAGCUUGGAAACAAGCCUUAUUUUGGUGGGGAGACCAUUGGAUAUGUGGAUGUUGUACUCAUACCAUUUUAUUGCUGGUUUUAUGCCUAUGAGACCUGUGGCAACUUCAGCAUAGAGCCCGAGUGUCCUGUUCUGAUAGCUUGGGCUAAGAGGUGCAUGCAGAAAGAAUCUAUAUCCGAGUCCCUUCCUGACCAACAAAAGGUCUAUGAAUUUGUCCUGAUGAUGAGAAAGAAUUUAGGGAUCGAGUAGUAGGAAGAAAUAUGAUAUGUAUAUUUCCUGUUGUGUGUGCUUUGUAUUUUAAAUAAUUGGCUGUGACUCUUGCUUGGUAUUUAUUAAGGUGGAAGGAACUUCCAUUGCUUGUGGGAGUGACGAGUGGGGGGCAUUUAGUUGUGGCUGCCAUAGCUUGUAUUAUGUGUUUUUCCUUUUAUCUAUGCAUGUAACUAAGUAUUUGUGGAGAAAUGCAUUUUUCUUUUUAA